AUGUCUUCCAAUAAAAAAAUAAAACAAAGUUCAUUGAAAUCAUUUAUAAUUGCACCAGUCGCGUGUCCAUCAGAUCAACCAGUCGAAUCUCCAACAUUACAAAUUCUUGAACCACAUACAACAAAAAAACGUUCUUUAUCGCCCAAUAUUGAUGAAUCAAAUACAUUUUCUGAUAAAAGAGUAGAUGAGAAUAUUAAUAUGUAUGAUAUAGGCAUGUAUACGAAUCGUUUGUUGAAGCCACACGAAAUUGAAGAAAUUCUUCAGCAAAUCUGGAAACCCGAAAACAAUUUUCAAUUUCCAGUAACUGUGAGUUGUAAAAAAAAUUUAAGAUUUCAAUUUUCAUGGUUGUCUAAAUUUACUUGGCUAGCGUAUUCCUUAAAGUUUGAUGGAGCGUUUUGUAAAUUUUGUGUGGCAUUUGCUAAUAACGAAGCAGGAACCAAUUCCCAACCACUUGGUGCUUUAGUCAAAAAACCAUUUCGUAAUUGGAAACACGCAACUGAAACUUUUAGAAACCAUUCCAGUUUACAAUAUCAUUUAAAAUGUUUAUCAGACACUGAUAAUUACCUUAAUAUAAAAAAAAAUCCGUCAUUAUCUAUUGAAAACCAAUUGGAUUCUAGUCAUGCAAAACAAGUAAUGGAAAAUAGAAAAAGCAUUAUUCCAAUAAUAGAAGCUAUACUUUUAUGCGGACAGCAAAACUUGUCAAUCAGAGGCCAUCGUGAUUCUGGUAAAAUUAAAGUAGAAAAUUCGGAACCCAGAGAAAAUGAUGGAAAUUUUCGUAAUAUUUUAAAGUAUCGAGCACUUGGUGAUGCCAAUUUAAAAAAAUUCCUUAAAAGUCCAGGUCGUAUUAAAUACAUUAGUCCCACUAGUCAAAAUGCCAUAAUUGAUGCUUGUAAUUCUGUUUUAAUUUCUAAGAUUGUUAAUAGAGUAAAUAAAGCAAAAUGCUUUACUGUCCUUGUGGACGAAACGGCUGACAUAGCUGGAAUUGAACAAGUUUCCAUUUGUGCGCGCUAUGUAAAUCGUGAAACAUGUACAUUGCAUGAAGAUUUUUUACAGUUUGUUCCGACAGCUGAUUUGACUGGCAAAGGAUUAGCUACCUUAAUACUGGACAACUUAAAACAUUUUGGAAUCGAAACUCAGUAUCUACGUGGGCAAGGUUUUGAUGGAGCAGCUGCAAUGUCGGGUAAAUAUAAUGGUGUUCAAUAUCAUAUAAAACAAGCUCAUCCACUAGCCGUUUAUAUUCAUUGUUCUGCCCAUUCUCUCAACCUUGCUGUCUCUUCAUCAUGUGGUAUUCAAAAUAUACGAAAUUGUUUAGGAAUUGUUGGAAAACUUCGGGAUUUUUUUAUAUUUCCAAAACGUAAAGCUGUGCUUUCACUAGCUAUUGAACAAUCGGAAAAUGUGUUAUCAAAAAGAUCAUUAAAAAGAAGUUGUGAAACUCGGUGGAUAGAGAGAUAUCAUUCAAUAAAUGAUUUUUUGGAACUAUUCGAAAGCGUUGUAGAAGCUCUUGAUAUAAUUUCUGAAUGGAAUGAUACAUCUGACACCUCUCAUAAGGCACAAAGUUUAAGAAGUUCGAUUUUACAAUCAGAAUUUAUUAUAGCAUUGCAUGUAACAUCAAAAGUAUUUGGAUUUGGGCUACCACUGUCGAAACAAUUUCAAAAGAUCAAUAUUGAUCUGAAGAUGGCCAUGAGUUUGGCUCAAGAUACAUCGGACGAACUAAAUGCAUUUAGGGAAAACGCUGAUAGUGAGUUUCAUGAAAUUUUUAUAAAAGCAAAAAAUAUUGCCAACAAAUUUGAAUCACCUUUAAAGAUACCAAGAAUAUCUAAUGUUCAAAAAAAUAGAAUGAAUAUUAAAACUGACGACCCCGAAAAGUACUAUCGCAUAUCCAUAUUUAUUCCAUAUAUUGACUCAUUUAUUAAUCAGCUCAAAACUAGAUUUAUUGACCAUAAAACUAUUUUAAAUGGCUUUCAAUCACUUUUUGACACAAAAGGAAGUGAAGAUGAUUUUAUAAAAUUAAUUGAUACAUACAAAGAAGAAUUCAAUUCACCUACAUCAGUUGUACUUGGAGAGUUCAAGUUAUGGCAAAGAAAAUUAAGUAACAUGAGCGACAAGCCAAAUAAUGCAAUUGAUGCAUUGAAUAUAUGCAAUAAAGACAUGUAUCCUGGUAUAUUCAAUUUGCUUCAAAUUCUAGCAACACUCCCUGUAUCGACUGCGUCAAAUGAAAGAACAUUUUCGAAAUUAAAACUUAAUGAAUUGGCUAUGAUGUCCAUUUAUAGAAAAGAUUCUCUCUUACCAAAAGACAUUUUAGAUGAACUUAGUAAAAAAAAAGACGCUUAG